UUUUAGUUUCGAAAAAAAAUGCGCAGCGGCCGUGCAGCAAUUGCAAUGCGUGCAAUCAAUCCCGUUAACAAUCAAGUGCUUGCAGUGCUGAGCGCGCAGGGCAGCCAAUAGGAAUCUGAUCGGAAUUGCAAUUGAAAUCAGGAUCGGGAGUCGCGAAUCUAAUCGGAGGAGAGGAGAAAGCUGUUGCCUCUCUGAGUCUCUGGCCCCGAAAAUGGAAUCGUCCAUUAAGCUUAAGGACAGCAACUCCAACUGCAGCUCCAACUCGAAUGGCAAUGUGGGCGGUGGCGUGGCCGGAGGCUUGGCAGGAGGGGGCGGCGCAGGCGGAGGGGGCGUGUGCGUGUCCAGCAUCUGCAGCAGCGACAGCUUCAGCAUCAUGCCACCGCCGCACCACGAGCUGGUCAGCGCCAACAGCAUCGAGCUGAAUGCGGCCGCCUCCUUGAGCGACGACAGCGGCGUGCCCCUGACCACCAACAGCUCCAUCUCCAGCGGCGACUCCUACCGCCUGGGCAUGUGCAAAUUCGAGAUUGAGAUGGUGGAGAGCGACGGCGAGGUGUCGCAGUUCGAUAGCCUGGACAACUGCUCGGAGGGCGGUAUGAGUGCCGAGAACUUCAAUACGCUGAAAAAGGGACCCCUGGCGCCGAUUGAUCCGCCGCCAGAGUUCCAGGACUCGCCACAGACCACUCUGGUGCGGUCCAUCUCCAAGAAUAUUGUGAACAGCCUGCGUCGCUGGACAUCCUCGCAGUCGUCGUUCGAGCACCUGAAGGACGACGCCGCCGCCACCAUGGUGAGCGGUCUGGCAACGGCCGUCCUGCCCGAGGAGCCGCAUCCGCCCGGCCAGGACCAGUUGGUCCUGCUGCUGGCCAAGGCCGAGUGCAAGCUGGACGCCCUGGACGGCCAGGCCCUGGGCCAGAUGAGUCUCAAGGAGUCGUAUGCGAUCAACAAGCACCUGUACUCGAGCGACUCCAUACUGAACAGCCAUACGGACAACAUAUACGACGAGCCCAACAACAUUGUGAGCAGCUCGCUGGGCAACAGCGUCGAUCUGCUGGAGGACGAGCGGUCGGAGGCCAGCAGCUGCUCGCCGCUGCCAUCCCCGCCGCCGCCCGUGUCCAUAGUUAAGAUCAAGCAGACGCUGUGCCCGUAUUACCAGGACCACACGCGCUAUUUCAAGGCCAUACCCACGGAGCAGGACAACAUAGCCAGUGCCAAGGCGGCGGCCGCCCAGCAGAGGUUCAACAGUGCCGGCCUGUCGGAGAUCCACGACUACGACCUGUACUACGGGGCCAGGAGGCAGCCAGUGGACAACAGCAGUCUGCAGCGACGCCAGGCCUCGCUGUACAGCCCGCUGGGCCACACCAGCCACUGUCACUACCACCACAGCCAUGGCCACGGCCAUGGAAGCCAUCAUCACCACCACCACCACCAGCCGGGCUACGGCUACAGCCAUGGCCAGCGGCCCAACUCAAGGAACUCGCUGAACAGCCGCCUCAGCAGCUCGCACAACUCCCUGAAUGUCUCGUCGGCCAACAAGCCGGACGACUCCAUAUUCAUCACCCAGGCUAUGUCGCACGAUGCGCUGUUCACUCGCGAGAUCUCCGACUUCUACAACGUGCCCAUCGACUCGGACAUCUACGCCUUCCCCGUGGACAUGAUCGAGCAGCAGCAGCAGCUGCAGUUGGUCGAGGAGCAGCAGCAGCAGAAGCCCACGGCUCCCACUUACCACAAGGCGAGCAGGAGGAACAAGAGGAACAAGCGCAAGCAGCGCUACGGAGGAUCGGGAACGGGCGCCGGAACGGAGACUAGCGACGGGGAUGGUGAGAAGAGCAAGCACGGCAAAUACCGCACGCCCGUGGGCGUCGGAAUGGGUCAGGUCAGCGAAUCGGAGCCGCUGCACAUGACACUGGACGAGGUGAAGCAGUUCUAUCACACCCUCUACUCGGAUGCCGGCAAGCCUGCGCCCAAGCCGAUGGUCAAGUCGAGCAACGAGACCAUUUGGAGUGUGUCGACCAAUACCACCACCACCACGGCGAGAACGCGGAGCAGUGUGGGCACCACCCGGGCUGGAGGUGGUCCCCCAGGAGCGGCCAAUGGGGCUGGUGGAGCCAGCAGUGACGGAGGCGUGGGUGGUGGUGGAGGCGGUGGUGCCGGUGGCAAGUAUCUGAGCAAGCAGAACAAACACAACCUGGACAACGAUAAGCUCAACAACAACAACAACAUCAACCAUCAGCCAACGCAACAGCAGCUGGAGAAGCCGCCGACGGAGCACCACAACCACAACCAGCUGCAGCCGCCGAACAACAAGCACGUCCUGCACUCGGAGAAGAAGUCACAGUUCACGCUGAACCUGAAGCAGCGUUUCUGCAGUAUCUUCCGUUUCCGGCGGAGCAACCACAGUCGUUGCCGCGGCUCCGGUGGCGCCCAAAACGGCAGCCUUGCCAACGCGAAUGCGGGGGCAACGGCGCCCCUGAUCCCGCCAGCUGCCGUGAUAACCAGCGCUCCGGGGGCAGCGGGCCAAACGCAGCUGGCCACCGAAGUGAACGGCGGCGGCGGAGGAGGAGCGUCCACCACGGCGGAAGCGGAGGAACCCAGUGCCGAUCUGCGCAAGAAGUUCCAGUCGCGUGCCCUGCCACCACUACCAAAGAAGGCUGCGGCCUAUGCCAUUGAAGCCGUUAAAUCGGAAGCGGAGGAGCUGAAGACGAACGUGGUCCAGGAGCCGCGGGCACUGCAGUUCACCUCCAGCAUUGAGAAAGUCAAAGACUAUGGCUGGUACUGGGGUCCCCUGUCCAGCGAGGCGGCCGAGAAGGUGCUCUCCAGCGAACCGGACGGCUCCUUCAUAGUGCGCGACAGCUCCGACGACCACUACAUAUUCUCGCUCAGCUUCAAGCUGAACAACUGCGUGCGCCAUGUGCGCAUAGAGCAGGAUCAGGGAACCUUCUCCUUUGGCUCAUAUGCCAAAUUCAAGUCACAAACCAUCACCGAGUUCAUUGAGAAGGCCGUCGAGCAUUCGCGCAGCGGCAGAUAUCUUUUCUUUCUGCACCGUCGCCCGGAGCACGGACCAAUGCGUGUGCAAUUAACCAACCCAGUAUCUAGGUUUAAGCAUGUACAAAGCUUGCAGCACAUGUGCAGAUUUGUUAUACUAAAGGCGGUUAUACGAAAGGAUCUAAUACAGACAUUGCCAUUACCGAGAAGACUUCUAGACUAUCUUAACUAUAAGCACUGCUACUCCGAGCAGGUGGAGAGCGACAGUUCGCACUCGCAGAUAUCUGGCGAUGGAACGAUGUAAGAGGGAAAAGAUGGACAGAGGCGAUUCGCUUGUAACAACAAAACGUAAACGAAAGCAACAGAAAUUAUUACCUUAAAUAAGUAGUAGAAUUAAACGAAACCUUAAACGACAGUAACAAAACAAAGCAAGCAAACAGACAACCGUUGAACGUUCUGUAUAACAAGAACAGCAAAAAGCUAAAAGAAACACACAAAACAUCAAACAUAAAACAAAAGUUACGUGAGUAAGCAAAGCGAGAAAAUUGUUAGUUUUGCUAAAAAAACGAAAAACGAAAAGGGAAAACCUAGAAAAACCAAGGAAACAAAAUUCAAAACUCUGUUUAUUGAUCAUUUUUUUGUACUCGGUGCUAUACUAUAAAUAUUAAUGAGAGGAACGCAGGAGAAGCAGAAACAGAAACAGAAUACGACGAUUAUAUAAAUUAAUUAUGCGUAGUCAAGUAACGAAUAACAGAUUGUACAUAAGCAUGUUUGCGAGCCAGUAACCCGAGUCCCACCCACAGCCACAACCCUCCCCUUUGGGCACGAAUCGGACAGAGAAGGAAAACGAGACAAGGUCGUUGCUGUUUUGUGUAAUCGAUUAAUUACUUUUAUGCUUGCCUUUUAGCUGUGAUUUAAACAGGUCGUCGAGUGUUAAUUGGAAGACGAUUUGCAGUUUGAUAUUUGAUAUUUAAUAGAUUUGAUGUAGCCUAGCCCCUAUGUAGUUGAGGUUCUGUUAUGCACACUCGAUCUGAAGCCAUUUCGAAGCUGCUCAACCACCAGCAGGCCCAGAGGCCCGUGCCCAGUGGUCCUAAGCGCAAGGGAUCGAACUUGAAACAACCGAUGUUGUAUUAGUUUAGUCCAAAAUCCAAGUCCUGCACUCAAACGACGGCAGCAAGGAUGCCAAGCGAUGACAAACACACAGAUGAAUCCGUACUUGUAUUUAGAUUUAUUUCAAUUGUUGACUAAUUUUUGUUUCGGCUUUGUUAUUUAUGUUUUAAGCUCAACUCUUUUGUACACUAUUGCGUAUGGUUUGUUUUAGUUUGUAUUUAUUUUUGUGUCCUGUAUCUAUACAUGUAAGAGAGCCUCCAACCACCCAAUCCCUGAAGAUCCCACCCAACCCCUCCAAGCCAAGCCAAAAUCGAGUCCGUCUUGGACUCUGCUCCUCUUUGAACAUUAAACAAACAAUAUUUGUCUAUGGAAAUUAAAAUAAACGAUUGACGAUAGAGAUACAAA